AUCUUUGAUGAAGGCAAAGAGCUAGACAAAGAGUUGUGGCAGAUAACCAAGCACAAGCAGAAAAAAUCAGGUUGUAUGCAUCCAACAUUUUAAUUUCACAUUCGCUGAAGAUGUCAAUAAAUAAAAUAGACAAGUAGUAAGUGUGGCACUGCUUUCCACGUGGUAAUAAGAUGGUGAAAGGGAAAUGGACUUAAACAUUUCCUAUAAUUGAUUUUGGUGUUUGACGUCCAUCACAAACCACGUGGACUAACUAGUUUGCCUAGUUGUCAUUUAUCUCAAGUACAUAAAGUUCAACAUAAACCAACAAAGAAAAUGAGUUGUGGAACUCUACAAAGUUUGGAGCAAAAAAGAGUAAAGGUGCAACCAAUGGCGCACCAGACACUGUCCGGUGCCCAGGCCAAGGCACCUCGCGAACUGGCCGCUCUCGGGGUUUCUCAAAGUCACUUCGCUAUAAUCACUGGACUGUCGGGUGUGCACCGAACUAUCUAGUGAGCCAACGAAGCAACGGUCAACUGCGCCCAACGGUCGACUGCACUGACGAUGGUACAGUGAACAGAGCAUAAGUUAGAAGUCAAACACUACAACAAAAUCAUACACUUCCUACGGGUUUUUAACUUCCUACAGCUUUUAUAUCAAACCGUAGGAAAUAAAUAACUUCCGAGAGGCAACUGGUAGCUCUAGUAAAUAAACAUAACUUCCUACGGUAUUCUAUAAAAGCUGUAGGAAGUUAGCUUUCACAGGCUGACCCGCGCGUUCGACCAAACGAGCCGCUAACUUCCUAGAGGCAGCCAUAGGAAGUUAGCAUGGACAGCUAACUUCCUACAGCCUCCUCUAAGAAGUUAGAUUUCAGCUUUUGACCAGUCAAACGAAAAGAUAACUUCCUACGGCCGGCUCUAGGAAGUUAGCUGUCCAGCUAACUUCCUACAGCCUCCUCUAGGAAGUUAGAUUUCAGCUUUUGACCAGUCAAACGAAAAGCUAACUUCCUACGGCCUCCUCUAGGAAGUUAGAUUUCAGCUUUUGACCAGUCAAACGAAAAGCUAACUUCCUACGACCGGCUCUAGGAAGUUAGAUUUCAGCUUUUGACCAGUCAAACGAAAAGCUAACUUCCUACGGCCGGCUCUAGGAAGUUAGCUGCCCAGCUAACUUCCUACGGCCUCCUUUAGGAAGUUAGAUUUCAGCUUUUGACCAGUCAAACGAAAAGCUAACUUCCUACGACCGGCUCUAGGAAGUUACUUAACUUCCUAGAGUAAAUGUACAAACUCUAGGAAGUUAUGUAACUUCCUACGGCUGUACUCUAGGAAGUUAUAUUUUUUAAUUUAAACCUCUCCUCAACCUUAUCUCUUCUCUCACCUUUCUCACUCACGUCUCUCUCGCGUUUCUCUCUCCCUCGGUCCCGCCCCCGGCCGCCGCUCCCGCCGGCACGGCUUCCUCCGGCCCCGCUCGCCGCCCCCGGCUCCGCCUUGGCCUCGCCCGCCGCCCCUGCCCUCGCCCCUGUCCGCCGCGGCAGCCCACCGGCUGCCCAAGCCUGCACCCGACGCGCCCGAUGCUGAUCUUACCGGUGGCUCAAAGCAGGCGGCCACCACGACGCCCUUCUACCUCGCCUUAGAUCACACAGCUUCUACCACGUCGUCUCCACCGCCGGCGGAGGCGCCGCUGCUGCCGUGUGCUACCAACAGCGAGAGGGGAUCCGAAAUAAUCAAGGCGAAGAUCAUGUCCCACCCACUCUAUCCGGCUGUCUUGAGAGCCUUCAUAGACUGCCAGAAGGUAUGCGUGCAGCAGAUUUCCGAGAGACAUACAAUUCUGCAGCUAAUUUUGCCAGAGAGCGAAAGCAUGGCUUCUUGAUUUUUUUAAUGUGCUAGCUCCGUCCUUAUAUAUUAUUCUCCAAUUUUUCAUGAGGAAUUUCUCUUUUGUGUGUUUUUUGUUACUUGAGGUCAGAGCGCCGCCAGAGAUUGUCGGUCGGCUUUCUGCCCUCGCUGAUGACGUCGAAAUGAAUUCAGAUGACAGACAAGAACAACGACGAGCAGCAGACCUAGAGCUCGACCAGUUCAUGGAGAUCUACUGUCACAUGUUGGUGAGGUACAGACAGGAGCUCACAAGGCCAAUCGAGGAAGCCUACGAAUUCUUCGGGAGCAUGGAGGCCCAGAUCGAUGCAUUCUCGUUAUUAGGCAGAACUAGCUUAAUAGUAAUCAGAGGAGCACGACCAUGUGUAGCUUCUAAUGAUGUAACUCAGCAAAUUCAUCAGACCCCUCCAGCUACCUUGCCGACGCAUGAAUGAGAAGACGAGUUAAACUUUGUCGAAACCCUCUUCGCUAGUGGAGGUAUCAACCAUCACUCGUCACUGUAACCCGAUGGUGAUCGGCGACCGUGAGCUUCCAUGUUAUUGUGUUAUGAUACUUGAGACUUUUAUUAUGACUGUAUGAGAUAUUGUCUCUUAUUAGUACUGGACAAUGCGAUGUGUAUUGUUAUGACUAUGGAUGAGAUUUUCGUGAUGUAAUUGACGAGAGUAUGGAUUUAAAUAUUGUUAUGUGAUUGUGUGUGAGAUGUU